AUUGUCGAUACUCGUGUGGAGUGACAGUCGUCGACUUCACCUUGAGAUAUUAUCAUUGAUUACCUAAUGGCACGAUUGACUCUGAUUGUCUUUUCGCUUGUUUUCUUUUUGAGCAGUUCUUCUGCCUUAAUUACAGAGGCUAUGAUUGGAUCCAUAUUUAUACUUAAUACAAUUCUUGGAACAACAUUUUUGGAUAUGGCCCUGGGCGGCCCCAUUAGUCGGGCGUCUUCUAUGGCAUCCGUAGCGGUUCCUAUUUCUUCAGGUUCGUCUUUCUGGCCAUCACAUGAAGUUGCACCUCAGCACCUCAGAAGAAGACGACAAACUUUACAAGAUAGACUCAACGAUUUGCACUUAUAUGAUUAUGUAACUUCUCCAUCGGCUGAAAAGGAUGAAUCGCCAUUGGGUUUGGAGAUCGAUAUUUUCAACAAUUUUCAAAAUAUUGCUCAUGAUAUGGCUAGUGAAGUUAGUAUGCACUUGGGUCUUCCACCACACACUCUUGAAGCGUACUAUCUUGGGGAGAAGGAUGCUCCCAAUUUUGAAGAUGUUGUAGACACUGUCGCUAAACGCUUUCAUGCUCCAAAGUUUGUGUUGGCUGGAUUACAUUCACUAUUUAAAACAGCCGAAAAGUAUGAGGAUGACUAUGAGUAUGAUAAUGAUAAUGAUCAACAAGAUCAAUAAUUGCACAUGUAUCUCAAAGCAAUUAUUUUUAU